AAAAAAUGUUUAUAAUCUUCAUCGACAGUCUCACUCUCUCUUCCUCACAGAAGGAAUGUAGUGGUUUUGAAGAAGGAUUGGAAGGAAGUGUACAGAAUAUAAGAGAAAUAGAAGAGAUUUUAGUGGAGAAGGGAGGUUUAGUUGGGGUAAAGAAGAAUGAGGAUUUUGAAUGGGUAAGAGGAUUGGAACAGAAAGGAGUGAUAGUGUGAUUGGUUGGGGAAUUAGGCCAGAUUUGUAUGGCAUAUGCUGCUGUGAAGGAAAGUUUAGGAGAUGAGAAGGUGUUCAAGGAGAUCCUGUGCUGUGAAGAGGAAGAUGUUGAAGAGAAGUUGAGAGCUAAGGUUGAAGAAUUUGGAAAACAAGGGAUAUAUCCGUAUGAGAUGUGCAUGAUUAGUGGGAAUGCGAAGAAAUGGCUUAUCCCAGCAAGAAAGAUUGGGGUUAGAACAGUUUUUAAUGUUCAAGAUUUUGGGUUUAAGGAAAGAGAAGAGAAAGGAUUUCAGCCUGAUAUUGAUAUGAUCAGCUUUGCUCAAUUAGAAUCGGCUUUUCAGGUUUUACACUUGGAUAAUGAAGUGCUGAAAAAUAUUCCAAAUUUUGAAGAAGAAAAGAUAGAUAUUGAUGAUUUUUAUGGCUCUCUUCCCUCAAGCAAACUUAUCAAUGUUGGCAUUGUUUAUCUUCACGAAAAGAAUCCUCCAUCUAAACUCUGCAAAAAUGGACUAGUCCUUCACAGUGAAAACAUAAAGUUUAGUUAUUUUCACAAAGAGUCGAAGAAUAUCGAUUUGGUGAUUCAUAAAUCACAAGACUUUUACGGUGAACUCUAUGAAGAAUUAGACACUACGCAUCUAAAAGACCUUGAAGUAUUUUGUGAAGAAAGAAGUAUCCCCUUAAUUGACCACUCAAGUCAAAUUGUUCCGUUCCUUUACAGGAGUAGUAUCCAAGUAGAGCUGCAAAAGGCAUUGAGUUCUGAAGAAUUCCAGACACUAUCAUCCAACUUGGGCGUAAAAGUCUCCCUCCCACCAUUCUGUACUCUAAAGAAGAAUCCUGAUACAAGCUUGGAGCAGAUUAUGGAUAAGUUGGAGGAGAACAAGGUUGCUUUCCCCAUAGUUGUCAAGAAAGACAGGUGCUUCGUGAAAGUCCUACCUCAUGAGAAAUAUUUCACCUCUGAGUUGGAAUCAUUCAGGGAUAUCCCUGAAGGAGUUUAUCAGGUAGAAUCAUUGAUACCUCAUUUUGAAAAUUCCUUGAUGAAAUGCUAUUGUCUCUUGUUCAGAGGGACUGCAGAAGGUGAAUGUAUUAUUAGGACAGAUUACAGCAUUCCUAAUUCAUACUUCAAAGAAACAGUUCGAGUAGUGAAGAACAAUAAAUAGCGGCAGAGGAAAGGAUAUCCAAGGCGAAGUUGAAGUUGAUCAAGAAGCUCUUAAGAAAGUGUGCUUUGAGUUAAACAAGCAACUAGGAAUUUCAAUUGCAGGGUAUGAUUUCAUAGUAUCACUAGAAGAUCCGAAAUUAUUCUACCUAAUAGACCUAAACUACUUCUCUAUCCUCAGUGGAUGUGGUCAGAAAAGAGUAUCAGAUGCUUUCCAUAAAUGCAUCAGAGAAUUUUGUGCAUAAUUCCCAGAGUUCAACCA